AUGGCAGCUUUAGCCAGUACUUCAAAUAAAAGAACAUUCGAGACCACAGAGGUAGUUGGGCCGUUCACCAUCACAGUGCCAGAAGCAGGCGUGAUGACCAGCGCGUGCUCCGUGGUCGUCGAGGGCCACGCUGCACUAGAGCACACUCCCAGCGACCUCCGAGACGCACUCGUGGUGCGAGGGAUUGCGGGAGCCGUGGCGACCAGCACGCCCCAGGAGCCGCGCAGAGGAAUGACCUGCAGAGCGCUGCUGAACGCGGGGAACGCCCACGGAGAGGGGUUGUUGGGGUGCGACGCACGCCCGCUGGGGCGGCUGCCGAGGUCAGUCACGCCGGCGGAAGGCUUCGCCGAGGUGAGAAGCCCCCGGCAAGUGACUCCUGGGUGUGGUGCACAGCUGGCUGACAUCAGGUGGCCGCUGCAACAUGAUACGUGCCGCACGCACCUGGGUCGCAGCUUCCCCUCCCUCCAGCCCUCAGCUCCCCGCGCGGUGCUGAUAGCUGUUAACUUGGCACCUCGCAGCUGGGGUGUUCCGCGAGCCACCUGGCAGCUGACGACGUGUGUCGAGAUUUCUGCCGUCGGGUCGGCGCCUCCCGAGGGUCGACGACACCACACUAUCGCCAACAUACCGCUCCCCUGCCCGGACCUGCCGCUCCCCUGCCAGAACCUGCCGUUCCCCUACCCCGACCUGCCGUUCCCCUACCCCGACCAGCCGCUCCCCUGCCCCGACCUACUGCUCCCCUGCCCCGACCUGCCGCUCCCCUGCCCCGACCUGCCGUUCCCCUACCCGGACACGCCGCUCCCCUGCCCCGACCUGCCGCUCCCCUGCCCCGACCAGCCGCUCCCCUGCCCCGACCUACUGCUCCCCUGCCCCGACCUGCCGCUCCCCUGCCCCGACCUGCCGCUCCCCUGCCCCGACCUGCCGUUCCCCUACCCGGACCUGCCGCUCCCCUGCCCCGACCUGCCUCACCCCUGCCCCGACCCGCCGCUCCUCUGCCCCGACCUGCCGCUCCCCUGCCCCCACCUGCCGCUCCCCUGCCCCGACCUGCCGCUCCCCUACCCCGACCUGAUGCUCCCCUGCCCCGACCUGCCGCUCCCCUGCCCCGACCUACUGCUCCCCUACCCCGACCUGCCGCUCCCCUGCCCCCACCUACUGCUCCCCUGCCCCGACCUGCCGCUCCCCUACCCCGACCUGCCGCUCCCCUGCCCCGACCAGCCGCUCCCCUGCCCCGACCUGCCGCUCCCCUACCCCGACCUGCCGCUCCCCUGCCCCGACCUGCCGCUCCCCUGCCCCAACCUGCCGCUCCCCUACCCCGACCUGCCGCUCCUCUGCCCCGACCUGCCGCUCCCCUGCCCCCACCUGCCGCUCCCCUACCCCGUCCUGCCGCUCCCCUACCCCGACCUGACGCUCCCCUGCCCCGACCUGCCGCUCCCCUGCCCCGACCUACUGCUCCCCUGCCCCGACCUACUGCUCCCCUGCCCCGACCUGACGCUCCCCUGCCCCGACCAGCCGCUCCCCUGCCCCGACCUACUGCUCCCCUGCCCCGACCUGCCGCUCCCCUGCCCCGACCUGCCGCUCCCCUGCCCCGACCUACUGCUCCCCUGCCCCGACCUGCCGCUCCCCUGCCCCGACCUGCCGUUCCCCUGCCCCAACCUGCCGCUCCCCUGCCCCCACCUGCCUCACCCCUGCCCCCACCUGCCGCUCCGCUGCCCCGACCUGCCGCUCCCCUGCCCCCACCUGCCGCUCCCCUGCCCCCACCUGCCGCUCCCCUGCCCCGACCUGCCGCUCCCCUACCCCAAACUGACGCUCCCCUACCCCCACCUGCCUCACCCCUGCCCCCCACCUGCCGCUCCCCUGCCCCGACCUGCCGCUCCCCUGCCCCGACCUGCCGCUCCCCUGCCCCCACCAGCCGCUCCCCUGCCCCCACCAGCCGCUCCCCUGCCCCAACCUGAUGCUCCCCUGCCCCGACCUGCCGCUCCCCUGCCCCAACCUGCCGCUCCCCUGCCCCCACCUGCCUCACCCCUGCCCCCACCUGCCGCUCCGCUGCCCCAACCUGCCGCUCCCCUGUCCCCACCAGCCGCUCCCCUGCCCCAACCUGCCGCUCCCCUGCCCCAACCUGACACUCCCCUGUCCCCACCAGCCGCUCCCCUGCCCCAACCUGACGCUCCCCUGUCCCCACCAGCCGCUCCCCUGCCCCAACCUGCCGCUCCCCUGCCCCAACCUGCCGCUCCCCUGUCCCCACCAGCCGCUCCCCUGCCCCAACCUGCCGCUCCCCUGUCCCCACCAGCCGCUCCCCUGCCCCCACCUGCCUCACCCCUGCCCCCACCUGCCGCUCCGCUGCCCCAACCUGCCGCUCCCCUGUCCCCACCAGCCGCUCCCCUGCCCCCACCAGCCGCUCCCCUGCCCCAACCUGACGCUCCCCUGCCCAAACCUGCCUCACCCCUGCCCCCACCUGCCGCUCCGCUGCCCCACCUGUCGCUCUUCUGCCACGACCUGCUGAUCGCGCGUGGUUUCAUUCUUCAAGCCGAUCUUCGCGCGAAAAACACGUUGUACUUUGAGAAAACAAUUCUAUGGAAACCAGUGGCUAAGAAAUAG